ACUGAUUUCCUCCUUUUUUCAAUCAACGCAAAAUUUGGCAAGAGCACGGAACCAGCUUGGAUCUCAAGUGUCUCAAUGACGAUCGCUGUUGGAUUUGAAGGAUCAGCCAACAAAUUAGGAGUUGGUAUUAUCAGGCAUGAGAAUGGCAAGGUAGACGUUCUUGCCAAUAUCCGUGAUACCUACAUUACACCCCCGGGUCAGGGAUUUUUGCCUCGUGAUACAGCCCAGCAUCAUCGCGACUGCAUUUUAAAGGUGCUACGACAAGCGCUUGAUCAAGCCAACGUUACCCACAAAGACGUCGAUGUCAUCUGCUUUACAAAAGGUCCGGGCAUGGGAGCACCGCUCGUCUCGGUUGCUGUAGUAGCCAGAACCCUGUCUUUACUUUGGGGCAAACCUCUCGUUGGUGUGAAUCACUGUAUUGGACAUAUUGAAAUGGGACGCGAGGUCACUGGUGCGCAAAAUCCCGUCGUGCUUUACGUGAGUGGCGGUAACACCCAAGUCAUUGCUUACUCACAACAACGAUAUCGCAUUUUUGGCGAAACACUCGACAUCGCCAUUGGUAACUGUUUGGACCGAUUCGCCCGUAUUCUGAAUUUAUCCAACGAUCCCAGUCCCGGCUACAACAUUGAACAAUACGCGAAGCGAGGGACCAAAUUUGUACCGUUACCUUAUACCGUCAAGGGCAUGGAUGUUUCGUUUUCCGGCAUCUUAUCCCAUAUUGAACAAAUUGCAAACGAACAAUUGGUAACUGGCGAAGUAACGCCCGAAGAUUUAUGCUUCUCGUUACAAGAAACAUUAUUUGCCAUGCUGGUGGAAAUCACAGAAAGAGCUAUGGCCCAUGUGGAAUCACAAGAAGUGUUGUUAGUAGGCGGGGUUGGCUGUAAUGUGCGUUUACAGGAAAUGAUGGGUCAGAUGGCCGCGGAACGCGGAGGUUUUGUAUGCGCGACAGAUGAAAGAUUUUGUAUCGACAAUGGCAUCAUGAUCGCCCAUGCCGGUUUGCUCGCUUACAAAACCGGCGUCACUACGCCAUUGGAAAAGAGUACCUGUACACAACGCUAUCGCACAGAUGAAGUUCACAUUGCUUGGAGAGAUUAAGCUGCAUUAUAAUAAACCCCUAUCAUACAUGUCUCAUUUACGUAUCCCCGCAUCGAAAUCAAUUUCUACUGCUGAUAAAUGUUGCUAUGCGUUCACGUUCUGUAAUCAUGGUUUCUAGUCACCAGGUAAUAUAAAUUUGCG